UUGAGGCAUAUAAAGAACAAACCCAAGGACUUUUGGAUGGUGGUGCGGAUAUCUUGUUGGUUGAGACUAUCUUUGACACACUGAAUGCUAAAGCCGCACUUUUCGCUAUAGAUACACUUUUUGACCAAGGUUAUCGACGAACGCCAAUAUUUAUAUCAGGGACAAUUGUUGAUAUGUCCGGUCGCACAUUGAGUGGUCAGACCGGAGAAGCAUUUGUUGUUAGUGUUAACCAUUCUAAUCCACUUGCGAUUGGACUAAAUUGUGCUUUAGGGGCUCAACAAAUGCGCCCGUUUAUAAAGAACAUUGCAAAAUUUUCUGGAUCCUAUGUUCUAUGUUAUCCUAACGCGGGUUUACCGAAUACAUUCGGAGAAUACGAUGAAUCUCCUGAAAUGAUGUCAGAAGCUCUGGUUGAUUUUGCAAAAGAUGGGCUCGUAAACAUAAUAGGAGGCUGUUGUGGCACUACACCAGCUCACAUCAAAGCAAUUGUAGAAGCUUGCUCUAAAUAUAAGCCACGUAUCCCACCACCAGAUGCUUCUUUAGAGAACAUGAUAAUUUCUGGACUGGAAAUUCUUAAAAUUAACAAAGACACUAAUUUUGUGAACGUGGGAGAACGAUGUAAUGUUGCCGGAUCUCGUAAAUUUUGCAGACAUAUUCUUAAGAAUGAAUACGAAGACGCUAUGACUAUCGCCAGAGCACAAGUUGAAAAUGGGGCGCAAGUAGUUGAUGUUAAUAUGGACGAAGGAAUGUUGGAUGGAAAAUCGGCCAUGACAAAAUUCUUGAAUCUUGUGGCAAGUGAUCCUGAUGUUGCUCGAGUUCCGUUGAUGGUGGAUUCUUCGAAUUUCGAGGUUGUAUUAGCUGGACUCAAGUGUGCACAAGGAAAAUGCAUUGUCAACAGUAUCAGUAUGAAAGAAGGCGAAAAAGAUUUUAUAAAUAAAGCGAAAAUUAUUCGUAGAUUUGGAGCUGCCGUUAUUGUUAUGGCUUUUGAUGAAAUUGGACAAGCAGCUGAAUGUGAACGAAAAGUGGAAAUCUGCACGCGUUCUUACAAAAUCCUCGUUGACAUAGUCGGAUUUAAUCCUAAUGAUAUUAUAUUUGACCCGAAUAUUUUGACAAUAUGCACUGGAAUGGAGGAACAUAACAAUUACGCCGUAGAAUUCAUCGAGGCUACGAGAAUUAUCAAGAGAACUUUGCCAGGAGUUAAAGUAAGUGGUGGAGUUUCGAAUCUUUCAUUCUCGUUUCGUGGCAUGGAUAAAAUUCGGGAAGCGAUGCACAGUGUGUUUUUAUAUCAUGCCAUAAAAGCAGGAUUUCUGACAAUUUACGAUGACAUUCCCAAAGAUUUACUAGAACUCUGUGAAAAUGCUGUAUGGAAUCGUGAUCCAGAGGUCACAGAGAAAAUCCUGAAUUAUGCUCAAAUCCAUGGAAAAUCCGCAAAACGCGAAGAAACUGAAGAAGAAUGGAGAAAUGCCGAUGUUCAGUCUAGAAUUAGUUAUGCGCUGAUUAAAGGGAUUACAAAAUAUAUUAUUGAAGAUACAGAAGAGGCUCGGUUACAGUAUGAGCGCCCGUUAAAUGUAAUUGAGGGGCCAUUGAUGGCAGGGAUGAGUACUGUUGGCGAUUUGUUUGGCGCAGGAAAAAUGUUUUUGCCGCAAGUCAUCAAAUCUGCUCGGGUUAUGAAAAAAGCAGUCGCACAUCUUAUUCCAUUCAUGGAAUUAGAAAGACAAGCGAAACUUGCCGCUAAUUCUCAAGAAGAAGACAUUGGUCCUCAACAUGCUGGUGUUGUGAUCUUGGCUACAGUAAAAGGCGACGUGCAUGACAUUGGAAAGAAUAUCGUUGGUGUUGUGCUUGGCUGUAAUAAUUACAAAGUAAUUGAUCUUGGUGUCAUGACACCAUGCGAAAAAAUUAUCGAUACAGCACUUCAAGAAAAAGCGGAUAUUAUUGGUCUAUCUGGUUUAAUUACACCUUCUCUUGAUGAAAUGAUUACUGUUGCUAAAGAAAUGGAAAGACGUUCUUUAAAGGUUCCAUUGUUGAUUGGUGGCGCAACAACUUCCAAAGCUCACACCGCAGUCAAGAUUCAACCUCAGUAUAGUCAACCCACCAUACACGUGCUUGAUGCCUCAAAAAGUGUUGUAGUGGUAUCAAAUUUACUGGAUGAAAAUUCGAAAGAAGAAUUUUGGGAGGACAUUGCCGACGAGUAUGAGGAAAUCCGCGAAGAUCAUUAUUCAUCAAUACAAGAAAGGAAAUAUCUGCCAUUAACAGCUGCUAGAGAAAAAGGAUAUAAAAUAAAUUGGGCAGGACAGUCUCCCCCUCUAAGACCUGCGUCUAUUGGAAAAAAGGCUUUCAAAGAUUAUGACUUAAAAAGAAUUUCAGAGUAUAUUGACUGGAAUCCUUUUUUCCAAGUCUGGCAAUUAAGAGGCAGAUACCCUAAUCGUGGCGCAGAAGCAAAAAAAAUAUAUGAUGAAGCUCAAGCCUUAAUUGCAAAAAUUAUUGAUCAAAAGCUUUUUACUGCAAAAGGAGUUGUUGGCAUAUAUCCAGCUAAUAGUGUGGAUGAUGACAUUCAGGUGUAUGAACAUGAAAGCAGAGAAAAAACGAUCGCCACGUUCUAUGGACUAAGACAACAAGCCGAGAAAGAAAACAACGAACCAUACUUCUGUUUAUCAGACUUUAUAGCGCCAAAAGAAUCUGGUAUUCCCGACUACUUGGGCGUGAUGGCUGUAGGAAUUUUCGGUACAGAGGAACUCUGCGAGACAUUCCAAAAAGAACAUGACGACUACAGUGUCAUAAUGACAAAAGCAGUGGCUGAUCGUUUUGCAGAAGCUUUUGCAGAAGUGCUUCAUCAAGAUAUAAGGAAAGAAUUGUGGGGAUAUGCACCGAUAGAGAAUCUUAAUUUGAAUGAACUGUUGUCAGUCAAAUAUAAGGGAAUACGACCUGCUCCUGCGUAUCCUUCGCAGCCUGAUCACCGAGAAAAAGAGACGCUUUGGAAAUUGGCGGAUGUAGAACAAGAGACGGGGAUUCAGUUGACAGAAUCUUAUGCUAUGUUACCUGCUGCUACAUUGAUUUUUGCAAACCCCGAAUCACAAUACUUUGCCGUAGGCAAAAUUGGAAAAGAUCAGAUCUGA